AUGCUGCACCUGCAACUCAAAGCUGCGUUAGACCAGCGCCGCAAAAAAGGUUCUCUUCGCGCGCUCACCGUCUUUCCUUCCAUCACCUCGUCCGACAAGCGCAAAGGAGCCAAGUCAUCUGCACGCCUAGACGGCACGUCGAACAACAAAGCCCAGCUUGUAGAUUUCUCCAGCAACGAUUAUCUCUCCCUCGCGAGCUGCGAAGAGGUGAGGAGCAACUUUUUGGCAAGAGUCCACAAAGCCGUCAGCACGGGUGACGGAGUGAUGGGAAGCACCGGCAGCCGACUCCUAGACGGCAAUUCGAUGGCUCAUGUGCAUGUGAGUAGGGGCCAAUGCGUUCGUUCGCCCCAAUGAAGCGCUCAAGAGGCUUCACGGCUACUACGACGCUGUCGCACAGUGCGCUCACCCCGCUGCUAGUGGAUGAUGCUGAAUCUCAACUGUCUCGCCCUGAUACUAAUUGCGCCCCUCCUUUCCCAUCGCAGCUGGAGAACCGCCUGGCUCAUCAUUUUGAUAGCGAAGCGGCGCUGCUUUUCAACUCGGGCUACGAUGCCAAUACUGCCCUGAUGGCCACGCUGCCGCAGCCGGGCGAUGUGAUCAUGUACGACAGUCUGGUUCAUGCCAGCACGCACGAUGGCAUGCGCUCCUCUCGAGCCGCACGCCGUAUCAGCUUUGCGCACAACUCGCCCAAGGAUUUCGAGCGUGUCCUUCGCGACGUGCUGACUCCUCCGACAAGCGUGCUCGAAGCUCUCGAUCGCGCUGCAGCUGCCAAGACUGUCCAGCUGUCCUCUGAUCUGCGCAAUGGAAAGGUGAACGUCUUCGUUGUUGUGGAGGGCGUUUACUCUAUGGACGGCGAUGUCUGCCCGCUCUCCGAGCUCAUGGACAUUGCCGAACGACUCGUACCUAGAAGCGACAAUAGGCACUUUAUCGUCGAUGAGGCUCAUAGUGUAGGCGUGUACGGCCCAAGGGGCGAAGGUCUUUGCUUUCAGCUCGGCCUGCACAAGGACAUUUCCGUGCGACUAAGCACUUUUGGAAAGGUCAGUUCAUGCUCAACAUCACCCGUGCGCUCGCGUCAUCUAGCUCAGCUGUUGACUCGGCCCGCUUUGACACAGGCUUUUGCCAGCAGUGGAGGUGAGCUUAGGCUCACAACAACGUUUGCGGAUGCUGGUAGCACCACCUGACUGACUUUGCCUGUUUUCGCCGAAUCAGCUGCCGUGCUAUGCUCCCCGCUCAUUCGCCAAUUCUUGCUCAAUUAUGGUCGUCCACUGGUGAGCCGGCCUUGGCGACCUUGAGCGUGUCCAGGUUCUGCACUGCUCACGUCUUGGUGCGACGCAUCCCUCAACAGGUUUUCUCCACCGCUCUAUCAUUCAAUACCGUCAUGUCGAUCGAGUGUGCGCUCGACGCGCUGCAGAAUCGAGCAGAUGCAAGACUGCGUUUCGAAAGGCUGUUCGACAACACCAUGGCAAUGAUACGAGGACUCGUAAACGCCAUCGAGCCGAACAUCAAUGCCGACGACGUCAACACUGACCCACAUCAACGUCGAGCUCGACUUCCCUUGGCACUGACGCGCAGCGCCGAUCCAGCGCUCGCCGCGCUGCCUCCCUCGCCGAUCAUACCCCUCUUGAGUCCCCAAGCUGCUCAGCUGGCUCAGCACCUCAGAUCUGCAGGCUUUUUGGUGCGCACUGUCAUGUACCCCACGGUGCCCAAAGGUCAAGAACGAGUGCGCAUUUGCAUUCAUGCGGACAACACGACAGAGGAUAUCAAGCUGUUUGUUGCUACCGUCAAUCGGUGGUGCAAAGACGAGGAUCAGGAGAAAUCAAAAACGGUGGCGGAAGGAGGUAAAGAGGAGCAGCAAGCGCCCCAUUCCUAUCCGACGGCGCCUGAUGCCAAGCAAGGGUCGUCAUCGUCUGCUGAUACGAUGCGCAACAUGACUUCUGCACGCUGGUCCGAAAUGCCCAAAGCGCAAAGCAUGAAGAGUCGCCUUUAA